AUGGUGAUAAGAUCAAUGAGCCUCUUACUGUCAAAGUCAUCGAAAAUCCUCACUUCUCGACAUGUCACAUCGCCCACUCAGCUGUUUUCAUUCCGAAAAAUGGCGUCCGAGGUUGAAAAAGCUCAAUCGGCGACUGCCGGUGAAGACACGAUUUUUGGAAAAAUUCUGCGUAAAGAAAUUCCUUGUAAAUUCAUUUACGAAGAUGAACAGUGUGUAGCAUUCAAUGAUGUCAAUCCUCAAUCUCCGGUGCAUUUCCUGGUAAUCCCCAGGAAGCCAAUCCCUCAAUUAUCGAAAGCGGAGGACGAUGACGAGGCGAUUCUGGGGCAUCUGAUGAAUGUAGCACGCAAAGUUGCUAAAGAGCAAGGUCUCGAUAAAGGCUUCCGUCUCGUUAUCAACGAUGGACAAAAUGGAGCACAAUCUGUAUAUCAUCUGCAUAUUCAUGUCCUCGGAGGAAGACAAAUGCAGUGGCCACCUGGUUAAUUCCUACUGUUUGUAUCUUUCUCGCUACGAAAGUCAAAGUACUAUGAAUGUAUUCAAUGGAACGGAAUAAAUGGAACAAAGGUGAAAAAUAAA